AUGGACAGUAGUAUGAUACCAGCCCUGCGAUGCCAAGAAGCUCGGAGACAAUGCAAGGGAUCUGUCAUUCCCUGUCCGCCACCACGUUCUCAGGGUGAGGGUAGCCUGGAUUUCCAGGAAGGUUAUUCAGAGGAAGGAGCUCUGAAUAGGAAACCAGAGAGCCAGAAUAUUGGGGGUGAUAAUAUGGAAGAAGGGGAUGAAGGAAAGCAGCAUGGAAUUAGUUUACUAGAACAGCCAGAUGGAAAGCCAGGUCCCGAGCUAGCUGUUGGGGCCGCUGUUGCCGCCAGCCUCUGGGCCCGCAGGAAGAAUGCCAGGAAGGGCCCCCAAGCUGGGGAAGCUGAGCUCGGAGCAGGCGUCGCCCAGCAGGACGUUGAGCGAGUGGAGCCAGAAAACUUGGGGUGCUCGAGUCUACCAGUAAUCAUCAAGAUGGAAAAUCUGGAAGCUGAAAGCUUGGCUCCUGAGGUUAGAGAGUCAGAACAUGAAACUGAAAAUUUGUGUCCAGGUGAGGGUAGCCUGGAUUUGCAGGAAGGUUAUUCAGAGCAAGGAGCUCUGAAUAGGAAACCAGAGAGCCAGAAUAUUGGGGGUGAUAAUAUGGAAGAAGGGGAUGAAGGAAAGCAGCAUGGAAUUAGUUUACUAGAACAGCCAGAUGGAAAGCCAGGUCCCGAGCUAGCUGUUGGGGCCGCUGUUGCCGCCAGCCUCUGGGCCCGCAGGAAGAAUGCCAGGAAGGGCCCCCAAGCUGGGGAAGCUGAGCUUGGAGCAGGCGUCGCCCAGCAGGAAGUUGAGCGAGUGGAGCCAGAAAACUUGGGGUGCUCGAGUCUACCAGUAAUCAUCGAGACGGAAAAUCUGGAAGCUGAAAGCUUGGCUCCUGAGAUUAGAGAGUCAGAACAUGAAACUGAAAAUUUGUGUCCAGGUGAGGGUAGCCUGGAUUUCCAGGAAGGUUAUUCAGAGGAAGGAGCUCUGAAUAGGAAACCGGAGAGCCAGAAUAUUGGGGGUUAUAAUAUGGAAGAAGGGGAUGAAGGAAAGCAGCAUGGAAUUAGUUUACUGGAACAGCCAGGUCCCGAGCUAGCUGUUGGGAAUUUUCCGUCAGAGGUGGCUGUCCCAACAAUGAACCAAGUGUUCAAAAACGGAGAUACCUGGGAUGAGAACAUGAUAAAUGAAAUUAAGGAUGAAGGAAUCAUUGCUGAGGAGGAAGUGAAUAAUGAAAGGAAAGACAAUGUAAUUGUGGGAGAAGAGAAAGUGGGACUUAAAAGAGGGGAUCGAGGAAUGAGCAGUGAAGAACAAGUGCAGAACGAUGAACAGAGUCCAGAGUGUGGAUCAGAUGACACCACAAAGGUGGGUGACAGAAGAGCUCCAUUGAGUGGAAGAUUGCAAUCAGUAGGAAAGUUUCUUGGCGUUAAGAAACGAAGGUAUGCAGAGGUGAGAUUGGCUGAGGACGGGAAGACAGAAUACAAGAGAAGAUGGCCAAGAACAAAUCAAAAACUCCACAGAGAUCGGCAAAGAUGUGAACAAGAGGGCUGCCGAGGUGAGGGAAUGGUGCCCGCUGAUAUGACACUGCAGUCAAGAUUCUGCAAAGAGGAUUCAGUUCACAUCACAAAAUAUACAGAAGAUUUGAAUGCAAACUCUCACAAAGAAGCUGAAGAAGACUUCAACGAAGAAGAUCUUGAAGUCAUGCUCAAAGGGAGCCGUCUGCUGAAAAUUAAGUCUCAUUUUUGGAUGAAGUUCCGUUAUUACAGGCUCCAGGAGGACUGUCAGACGGUGUGGUAUGACUCUCAGAAAAUCUUCAAGAGAGCCAGGAACCAAAUUUUCUCCAUCGCUGACAUCCAAGAGGUGAGGGCAGGCCACUGGUCAGAGGUGAUAUUGGAGAAGCGCACAGAUUGCAGCUUCUCCAUCCUCUUUAAGGAGAGGAACACUAAACUGGACCUGGUGGCCAGCAGCGCUGAGGAGGCCCAGCACUGGGUCAAUGGCCUUACAAAACUGAAGAUCAGAAACUCCAGCAUGAAACGGAGAGAGCAGCUGGACCAAUUGUUCCAACUUUACCUGCAGAAGGCCAAUAUUGAUAAGAACGCCAAAAUGACGCUGGAAGAAGUGAAGCAGUUUAUGCAUAUGAUGAAUAUAGAAGUGGAUAGUAUGCAUGCAAUGGACCUGUUCAAGAAAUGUGACAAGGCGAAAGACGGUACCAUCUGUGGCAGGGAGAUUAAAGAGUUUCAUCACAUGCUCACGGACCGCAAGGAGAUCACCACCAUCUUUGAUUUCUACUGCAACAAGGAGCAGCUGAUCAGUGUGGGAAAACUCCAGGAGUUCCUAUGGAAGGAACAAAGGGAGAGUGUGACGCAGGAGAAUGCAUCACAUCUCAUCCAGAUGUAUGAAUUAAACGAGGAAGCGAAGCGUCAUUUCUUCAUGACCAAGGAUGGAUUUCUGUUCUUCCUGAUGUCACCGAGAGGGGACAUUUUCAACCAAGAACACGACAAGGUUUACCAAAACAUGACAAAGCCACUCGAUCAAUAUUAUAUUUCUUCCUCUCACAACACCUGCCUGCUCAGAAAUCCGCUGGACGGUUCCAGUAUAACCGAGACCUUCAUUAGUGAACUGAAUAAAGGCUGCCGCUGGAUGGAACUGGAAUGCUGGAAUGGACGGAACGGUGAGCCUGUCAUUUAUCACGGCUUCGCCCUCACCUCAGAAGUCCUCUUACGGGACGUCAUGGAAGUCAUAAAUAAUUAUGCCUUUACGGUCACUCCUUACCCCUUCAUCCUGUUCCUGAGGAGCCAUUGCAGCAUAGAACAGGAGAAGGUCAUGGUGCAGGUCAUGGAAUCUAUCCUGGGGGACAAGCUACUCUACAAGCCCUUCAUUGGGACGAUGCCCUCACCUGAGGAACUGAAGGGAAAGAUCCUGGUGAAGCUUAAGAGAGUAAACCGAGUGAUCGGUACAAUUGUUGAGAACGAGGAAGCCUUGGACGAAGAUGAGGCUGCUGAAAUGGAGGAGGUCGCAAGAAAGCAGAAGUCUCAAGAAAAGGAUGCAAAGCUCAACAAAGUCAAGGAGUUGCCCGGCGUGCUCAUCUACUGCAAAAUGAUCCACUUCAACAGCUUUGAGGGUGCCAUGAGCAACCAGGUCUUCUAUGAGAAAUUGUCCUUCAUGGCAAACAAGUUCAGUGACUUGGUGCAGAACUCGGGCUCCACUUUCCAGUGCGAUGCCCAACAGCUGGACAGGGUAUAUCCAGAAGACGGGAGGACCGACUCGUCUAACUACUCUGCCAUUGACAUGUGGAACGCCGGCUACCAGAUAGUGGCCCUGAAUUUUCAGACCUUUGGGCAGGAGAUGGACAUCUACCAGAGUAAAUUUCGAAACAACGGUUUCUCUGGUUAUAUCCUGAAGCCUAAGUUCCUGAGGAAGCGCAAGACAACGUGUGCCUCAAGGAUCCAGAUGAGACUCUGGCUAAACAGAAAGAAGCUGAGCGUGCUGUCCCCGAUUGUUAAUACCAUCCAGUCAUCAAAUACAUUAAGUUACUGUUGCACCAGUCGACUCUCACAUCAUGUCCUCGCCUCUCCACAGGUCAUCUCUGCCCAGCAACUCCCCAAAACAAACAAGGCGAAACCCGGCUCGGUGGUGGACCCACUUGUGAAGGUGCAGGUUUUUGGAGUCAAAGACGACAAUGAUCAGAAAGUGACGCCACAUGUUUCCAACAAUGGUUUCAACCCCAUGUGGAACACAUACUUUCAGUUCGACGUGUGUGUGCCCGAGCUGGCCUUUGUUCGUUUCUUGGUUCAGGACUUUAACGACUCCUCGAGGAAUGACUUCAUCGGACAGUUCACACUACCAUUCACUAGCUUACAGCAAGGGUACCGCCACAUCCACCUUCUGUCAGCAAACGGCGACCCCCUGCCCGCAGCCUCACUCUUCGUCAACAUCAGGAUCGACUGAAUCCUCACCGCCAUGAUCUCCUCCGCUGGGAUUCCUGACUCACCAGGAGCUGGAACAGAGAGUCCUCUUGAGCAGCUGGAGAAGGACAGAGGGACAGCUGGAUUGGGUUGGGGUAGAUUGAAAGAAAGAACAGGGAAGUGGGAGGGGGGAGGGUGAAACAGAGAGAAGGGGAUUGGGGUUGUUUCUGGGGUCUGAGAAUGGACUUCUCAAAUGUACUUCCUGACCUUUUCAUUAUCUGCAUGUAUUCACAUUUAACACUGGUCAGAGGACAGAGAAGAGAUUACUCACCAAGUCAGGAGCUGAUCGAUGGCAAACAUUGUGAGAUUCUCUCCACAUGUUAAUUAAAAAUAAUUUUACCACACUCACCAUUUAUCCUUGUCUUCUUUGGGAGAUAGUGAUAUGGGGAGGUUAAAAUGGGAAUGUUUAUUUUGGAAUUGUGCAGAGCACUAGCGUACAUCACAGGUGGAGGAUUGUGCAUUCUUCCAGUCAGCACAUGUCAAGAAAGAUGUACAAUGUAAAAAGAAGUGGUUCCAACACCACCCCCUGCAGAACACCACCAGUCACCAGCAGCCCAUCAGAAAAAGGCUCCCUUUAUUCCUACUGUGCCUUCUGCCCAUCCACUCAUGCUGGUAUUUUUUCUGUAAUAUCAUGGGCCAUUACCUUGUUGAGCAGUCCAUGCAGCACCAUUUCAAGUGUUCUGAAAAUCCAAGUAAGCAACAUCCAACGCUACUUAUUGCUCGUUUUUAAAAUACAUUCAUGGUGUGUGUUCAGUAAAAUUAUGGUGAGAUGUUCAAGUUCAUUUAUUGUCACAUCUUACAGUUGUUCGUUUGGCUGCCACCCUGAACGUAUCCGAGAUGUGUAAGAAUCACCCUCCCUGUCUGUAUGGGACUGAGUUAGUUCCCACCGAGCUAUUGCGCUCUGUCAGUGGUAUGGAAGUCAAAUGCAAUGUUAGUACUCAUUUUGAGAGAGGUCUCGGAUGUAAUGCAGAGAAUUCAUAAGGCAUUGGUCAGACCACAUUUGAAGUAUUGUGAACAGUUUGGGGCCCCUGAUCUGAGCCAGGAUAUGAUGGCAUUUGUGAGGGUCCAGAUGCAGUACACAGGAAUGAUCCCGGAAGUGAAAGGGUUUAUACAUGCGCAACUUCUGAUAACUCUUCCCUGUACUCGCAAGAGUAAGAAUCUGCCGUAGGCUUUUCUUAAUGAGAUUUUCUACAUACUUUGUACACCAUGGUUCUUUAACUCUACCACCCUUUCCCUGCCUCAAUAGAACAUACCUAUGCAGAACUCCAUACAAAUGUUUCCUCUCACAUUCCAAAGAUAAACGUACUUUGCUGAUUUCAUUUGAUGCAAAACGUGACAUUUAACUGUAUCCUUCAAUGUACAUGUGACUAAUACGUUCAUCUUCAAUAAAACAUCCCACCUCCUCAACUCAAUGCCCUGACUGUUGAAGGCAGCAAAUUGCCUCUUUCAAAAGUUUCCUUCUGGAAAGUACGACAGGGAUAUUAACACAAAAGCAUCAUGCCAACCUAAAAUGUUUGUUCUCCAGCCAGUGACAUGUGACCGGAGGGCCCAGAGUAAACCCACGCAUUCCACAGUGAGGAUGUAUCGGGACACAUUCCAGAGGACACCAGAACGCAACACAUUUCACUCCACGUUUCUCUGUACAUGUGGUAAAUAAAAGAAUCUGAAUCUAAAUGACUGAAGGAGGGAGGGAGUGAAUGAAUGAAAGGAGAGUGCGGAAGAGGGAGUGAGCAAGCAUAGGUGAGGUGAGCAAGCAAGUGAGUAAGAGGGAGUGAAGCUGAGAGGAAGGAGGGAGAUAGUGAAUAUGUGAAGAAAGGGAGAAUAAGUGAGUGUGGAGGCAGUGAGUGAAGGAGGAAUUGAAUGAGGGGAAGGGGGGAGAGUGAGUGGGGAUGAUGGAGCAAGUCAAGAAAUGUGGGGUCACUGGGUGAAUGAAUAAGGAAGAGAGAGACUGAAUGAAUUGACAAGGACUGGAAGGAAGAGGGGACCCACCUUUUCUUUAAGCUUCUGCUGACUUACAUUCUUCCUCCAUUUCAGCAGCCUCAUGUCUAUAUAAGUCCUCCCUGUUCUCAUCAAUUUCAUCUGCUAGUUAAUUUACCCUCUGGACCUUCACCAAGAUCUUUCCCUUUAGUUGCUACACCCAUCACAAGGCCAAGAAGCAACCAAUCAGUGAGCAUAGAGUCAUACAGCACGGUAACAGGCCUUUCAG